CCUGACUCAGCAGUGGCUCCAGUCUGUGCUGGGCUCACAGACUGGAGCCACUGCAACUUGCUUCUUUCCAUCAAUGUCCCGGAAAGGGACCUAGCUUGUCAGGAAGUUUUGUCUGAGAGGUCUGGAACCUCAGCAAUGGCUACAGGGUGACUUGUUGGAUCCUCCACGUUUCCAGGUCCUAGUGAAGACCGGUGGACCCAGCUGGGGACAUGAGCCUAUCAGCUGGGCUCCCUGUGCGACUGCUGCUGCUGCUGCUGCUACUGCUGUGGUCCGUGGCCCCGCAGGCACUGCCACUGCGUUCACAUUCUCUAAGAUACCUCUUCAUGGGUGCCUCAGAGCCAGACCUCGGGCUGCCUUUGUUUGAGGCUAGGGGCUAUGUGGAUGACCAGCUCUUUGUGUCCUACAAUCAUGAGAGUCGCCGUGCUGAGCCCAGGGCCCCGUGGAUUUUGGAGCAAACCUCAAGCCAGCUGUGGCUGCAUCUGAGUCAGAGCCUGAAAGGCUGGGACUACAUGUUCAUAGUAGACUUCUGGACUAUCAUGGGCAACUAUAACCACAGUAAGGUCACAAAGUUGGGAGUGGUGUCUGAGUCCCACAUCCUGCAGGUGGUCCUAGGCUGUGAGGUGCAUGAAGACAACAGUACCAGCGGCUUCUGGAGAUAUGGUUAUGACGGGCAAGAUCACCUGGAAUUCUGCCCCAAGACACUAAACUGGAGCGCAGCCGAGCCAGGGGCCUGGGCCACCAAGGUGGAAUGGGACGAGCACAAGAUCCGUGCCAAGCAGAACAGGGACUACCUGGAGAAGGACUGCCCCGAGCAGCUGAAACAGCUCCUGGAGCUGGGGAGAGGCGUUCUGGGACAGCAAGGGCCUACUUUGGUGAAAGUGACUCGCCGCUGGGCCUCUACGGGGACCUCUCUAAGGUGUCAGGCUCUGGACUUCUUCCCCCAGAACAUCACUAUGAGGUGGUUGAAAGAUAACCAGCCACUGGAUGCCAAGGAUGUCAACCCCGAGAAUGUACUACCUAACGGGGAUGAGACCUAUCAAGGCUGGCUGACAUUGGCCGUGGCCCCUGGGGACGAGACAAGGUUCACCUGUCAAGUGGAGCACCCAGGCCUGGACCAGCCUCUCACUGCCUCUUGGGAGCCCUUGCAAUCUCAGGCCAUGAUUAUUGGAAUCAUCAGUGGGGUCACCGUGUGUGCCAUCUUCUUGGUUGGAAUUCUGUUCCUAAUCUUAAGGAAAAGGAAGGCUUCAGGAGGAACCAUGGGUGGCUAUGUCUUAACUGACUGUGAGUAACCUGCAACCUGCUGAACCACGGAAGAGAGAAGACUCAGCCAAAGACUUGGAGGGGGCACACUUGCUCCAUUGUAGGACACAGUUGGACCUAACACACAGAAACUGCCGGAGAACUGUGCUCUUAGCUUUCUCUGUUCACUUUCUCAAGGUGUUUUCUCCAGUUAAGUUCAGUUCCUGAAUAGUAGUGAUUGUCCCAGUUGCAACCUCUCCCUCCAGAACUGGUCUCAUGAUUCUUAGGCUGCUUCUUGGAAGCAUCCUAUGUUUCCUUCAUCCACCUAGACUCCAUAUGUCUACGUAAAAAGCCCUCUAAGUUUAGUGGAUACAUGAUUCGUUUGUUUCCACAUCUGAAGAAGUUGUGAACCUUCAUCUGGGGAUGCUCACACAUACUUGUGCCAGAAUUUUUCACCUAUAUCCUAGAAUCCAGGACCCACUCAACUGUCCUCCAUCUGUUAUAUAGUGACUCCUCUGUCACCAUGCCCUGACUUCUCUGCCAUUGGAGUGUUAUAUGGAUCAUCAAUAAAGCCAUGGAGGCUACACAACUGUGCAACCUGAGGAAUCACCCUCUGAGAAAAUGUAGAUGUUUGUGUGUAUAACAAUGGCUCUGUGUUCAUAUCGGCACAAAGGUGAUUGGAGGUUUUCGAAGGUUAAUAUCAUAGACAUCUGUGACACGAUGCCGAUGAUGUAUCUUUUCUCUCCUUGUCUCGAAAAUGAAAACUGUGAACGAUUAUCAUAAUGAAGUGUGGCUUGCACUUGUUCUGAGGAAGUGCUCAAUAAUAUACUCUGCUCUGAUCAGCUGCUAAACAUAAAGCAUGCGCAGACGUCCUGAGGGGCCUAGGAAGUGGAAAUUAUUAUCUGCACCCAUGUUCCUUCUCUGUAGAUGCAAAAGGUGAAGACUCUCUAACCACUCACCAGAGAUCCAGAGAGACAGCUGUAGAAAUGCCAUCCUGGCUCUUAGAUACACCCGCUGUACCACCCGACCAUAUGAGUGGCAUGAAAUGAGUGGAGAAAGAAGAUGGCCCUUUUCUUAUCUCCUGGGGUUUCUUUUCAGUGAGGUUGACCCACAAGAUGGGAAAUAGCUGCCAAAUACUCACCAGUCCUCAGCUAUGAGGAAUCCUUUCAAAGCUGGAGGGAAAGGUCAGGAUGCAAGUAGUGACUCCGUUCCCCACCAGUCUCCUGUUUCCUCUGACAUAUGGCUUCUUCUUGUUGUUGUUGUUGUUUGUUUGUUUUUGUUAAAUUCCAUGAAAAAGCUUAGCCUAUCUGUCUGGGACUCUCAAAGCUGAUGCCUCUGGACUCAGAACCUUAAAGUGAUUGCCUUGGGAGCUGAGAAUCUGUCAAUCUGUCAAUCUUAAGGCAGUAGAAUGGAAGCUGUCAUUUGGCUUGGAGAAUUCUUGGAGUUGCUAGGGUCCCGCUGCUCAUUGUUAAUUGUGCACAUUUUAAAAUCCAAUCUAGACAACCUAGACAUUACUAGAUUUCACAAAAUACAUUCAUCCAAUGUUAAAAAGGUCAA